AUGUCCUUUCACAAAACAGCUGCUUCUCGUUUGCAACAAGUUGCUAGUCACUUAUCGACCUCAUCUCCAUCAUCUCCAUCUUCCUCGUCUUCACCCUCAAUUUCUCCUGAUAAACCAUUCAAAGUGACUGUCAUUGGAUCAGGUAACUGGGGCACAACAAUUGCCAAAAUCAUUGCCGAAAACACUGCUUUAACUCCUAAUCUUUUCCAAAGAAAUGUUAACAUGUGGGUCUAUGAAGAAAAAAUCAAUGGCAAAAACUUGACUGAAAUCAUCAAUACAAAACACGAAAACGUCAAAUAUUUACCUGAUAUCAAAUUGCCCGAAAACUUAAUUGCUCAGCCUGAUAUUGCAGUUGCUGUAAAAGACUCAGAUCUAAUUGUAUUCAAUAUUCCCCACCAAUUCUUGAAAAGAAUCUGCUCAAACCUAAAGGGCCACAUUAAACCAACUGCCAGAGCCAUAUCUUGUUUAAAAGGUUUAAACGUUAAUCCAGAUGGUUGUCAAUUGCUAUCUGACUACAUCACUGAUCACUUGGGUAUUCAUUGUGGUGCUUUGAGUGGUGCUAAUCUAGCUCCAGAAAUAGCUAGACACAAAUGGUCUGAGACAACUGUCGCAUAUAACUUGCCAAACGAUUAUAGAGGUCCCACGAAGGACAUCAACCAAUUGACCUUAAAAAAGCUAUUCCACAGACCUUACUUCCAUGUCAGGGUUAUUGAUGAUAUUGCUGGUGUUUCUCUAGCUGGUGCUUUGAAAAAUAUCGUUGCCUUAGCUGCAGGCUUUGUAGAAGGUUUGGGCUGGGGUGAUAAUGCAAAGGCUGCUAUCAUGAGAAUUGGCUUGAUGGAAACUGUCAAUUUCGGUAAAACCUUUUUCCCCAAUUGCAAUGAAAAGACAUUCACUGAAGAAAGCGCUGGUGUAGCUGAUUUAAUUACAACUUGUUCUGGUGGUAGAAAUGUCAAAAUUGGUAAAUACAUGGCUGAAACUGGUAAAAGUGCCUGGGACUCUGAAAAGGAUUUGUUAAAUGGCCAAUCUGCCCAAGGUAUCAUCACUGCAAAGGAAGUUCAUGAGUUGUUGGAAAACAAAAAUAUGACUGCUGAUUUUCCCUUGUUCGAAGCAACUUAUCAAAUUGUUUAUGGCUCUGAAUCUAUGCAAAAACUACCUGAAUUAUUGGAGAGAUGUGAACAAUAA